GUGUUUUGUCGACGUCGUUUCUUGUGAAGACGACUUUUCUGUCCAGAAUUUCGGAUUUAUAUUUUGAGUAAUUCUAGCUCCUAAGUUCACCUAGACUCCGUCCUUAAUCCUAACAAGUGGUCGCCCUUGUGAAGAAUAGGGUGCUGGCUACAGUUGGAGAUAAGGAGUGGAUCCCAUAUGCCAAGUGGUAUGGGAGUGCUCCAGCUGUGAACAUGCUGAGGGCAUUUGGGUGCAUGGUGGUGUUUCAUGUGCCUAAGGAGAAAAGGGGGAAGUUGGAGGCUUCUGGAAGAUGGGGCACAAGUAUGGACCUGAAGGGGAGCUGACCCGCUACAAGUCCAGGCUUGUGGCAAGGGGGUUUCAGCAGACAAAAGGGAAGGACUAUGAUGAGGUGUUUGCUCCUGUGGGGAAAGGAACAACACUGAGGGUGCUGUUGGCGAUAGCUGCACUCCUGGGAUGGAAGAUACGGCAGAUGGACAUUGUGACUGCCUUUCUGAAUGGGAUCAUUAUGGAGGAGGUGUACAUGAAGCAGCCAGAGGGGCUGGAUGACGGGAGCGGCAGGUGGGUGAUAGUGACAGGAAGCUGUUUCAUUCGAUGGUUGGGUCGCUGAAUUAUGCUGCAAAUCAUACACGGCCUGACAUUGCAUUUUCUACAUCACGGUUGGCUAGUGUGGUCUCACGCCCUAGUCAUGAGCAGCUGGAAGCGGCCAAGAGGUUGGUCCGCUAUCAUUUGUGUGUGGUGUGUUCUGGAGUUUGGGAAUGUGUUUUGUGUUAUUUUGUCUGAGCAGGUAUUUGUGAUGAUAGAUCUUGAGAAGAUCUUUCCGACGCAACAAGAAUCGCUUCAAUCGGAGCAAGAACGCGAAAGCUAUGAAGAUUCAAAGUUCAUGAGCUUGCGUUACAAUUGCGGCGGUUACAAGUGAAGUUGUGGGGUGACUCUAUAU